AACUGAUGUCCCCCUUUUCAUCGACCAGAAUACCGAAGAGUCACUGAACAGACUGUGCUUCGUCGCUCAGAAUGCGGAUCCCUAUCCAGAACAUCGACAAGACAUCCUUAUGGACUAUGACUUGUGCUUGCUGGACGAUCCGAGGCAGGCCCAUGAGUACGCCGUACAGGCCUACCUGGGGAAGCCGACAGCCACCCCAGAUGAACGCAUGGCCACGGAACCAAUCUGGUCAACAAUAAAUCGUUACCACGCUGAUGUCAGCGAUCAAAAUCUGAGGGCCUUUGCUAACGAGAUUAUCGCCAAUGGAUUCAACUACAGCCAGAUCGAAAUAGACGAGUACUGGGAGGUAUGUUACGGCAGUCUGACGUUUGAUCCGAACAAGUUUCCAGACAUGAAAGCCCUUACUGACGAUCUCCAUGCACUGGGAUUCCGUGUAACACUCUGGGUGCAUCCGUUUAUACUCGAAGGGUGUGAGCCGUAUUACUCCGAGGCGCUGGCUGCCGGAUACUUUGUGUCAAAUACCGAGGGGAGCACUCACACGUGGUGGAAGAGUAACGCUGGCAUUGUCGACUUCACCAACCCUGAAGCAGCCGCCUGGUGGACGGAUCGACUGUGGGCGCUCCGCAAUGAGACAGGAAUCGAUUCGUUCGAAUUCGACGCUGGUCAGACGAAUUACUUGCCUCAGCUGCCCAACAUACAACCCGUGGAACGGAACCCGGUGCGCUACAGCGACGAGUUCGCGAGAGCCGCCUCCCAGUACGGUUCCCUGGUCGAGAUACAGACGGGGGUGGAGAGCCAGCGCCUGCCCAACUUCUUCCUGAUGGACGUCGUGGACAGCAAGUGGGGCACGGCCGGUGGUGUGGGGACACUGCUGCCGAAGCUGCUGGAGCUCAGCAUCGUGGGCCACCCCUUCGUGAUGCCGGAGAUGGUGGGCGGUGCGACGUACGCUCUUCCGACCAAAGAGAUGUACAUUCGCUGGCUGCAAGCCACGAUCUUCAUGCCGGCCGUCAAGUUCUCCUACACGCCGUGGGAUUUCGACAAUGAGACGCUGGAGAUCUGCCGCGACCUGUUGUCGCUGCGCGCGCAGUACGCGCCGCGCAUCGUGGAGUUGAUGCAGAAGGCGGUGGAGGACGGCACGCCGGUCAACCUGCCCAUCUGGUGGAUCUCCCCCAACGACGACACGGCGCAGACCGUCGACUCAGAGUUCCUGCUUGGCGAGGACGUUCUGGUGGCGCCAGUGUUGGAGGAGGGCGCAGUCAGUCGCGACAUCUACCUGCCCAGUGGCUACUGGAGGGACGAAGCGGACCCGGAGCACCCCACCAUACGGGGGCCCCAGUGGCUGUAUGACUACUCAGCUCCUCUCAACACGCUGCCGUAUUUCAGCAGGAACGCCACAGCAUGAAUUCCAUGGGCAGAACAAGAAAAUGCCCCACACAGCACUAAUAAAAUACAAAUCUAGUUCUAGUCGUGAAAAGUACUGAACUACAGUAGUUUGCUUCACGAUACAUAUUAAAAAAAAUAUUUAAUAUCA